CAAUGGAGCCUGCAGCACUUCCGUUGCUCUGGUCCGUCCUCCCCUUAAUCAUCUUACUCUUCUUACUUGUCGUUAAAAUCUACACCUCGACUCCAGCGGGAAAGCGGCUGCCGCCGGGACCAUGGCAGCUGCCGCUCGUAGGCAGCCUCCACCACUUCCUGCUGUCGCGCCACGGCGACCUGCCGCACCGUGCCCUGCAGGAGCUCUCUCGCAAGCACGGCCCGCUCAUGCUGCUCCGCUUCGGUGCUGUGCCCACGCUGGUCGUCUCCUCUGCCGAGGCCGCCAGGGAGGUCCUCAAGACGCAUGACGCGGCCUUCGCCAGCCGCCACCUCACGCCAACGCUGGACAUCUUUAGCCGCGGUGGCCAAGACAUCCUCUUCUCCCCCUACGGUGACCUGUGGCGCCAGCUCCGACGCAUCUGCCUGCUCGAGCUCAUGAGCGCACGCCGCGUCCUGUCCUUCCGCCACAUCCGGGAAGACGAGGUAGCCGCCUUGAUCGGCUACAUCACAGACGAGUGUGCUCGCGGUGGCGGCUGCACGGUGGUAGAAAUUGGCCAGCUGAUCACCCGCACGGUCAACGACAUCGUGGUGCGGUCGGCCGUCGGCGGACGGUGCCCACGGCGGGACGAGUUCCUGCACGUGCUCGACCGGUCUGUGAAGCUCGCCGGUGGCUUUAACCUGUCUGACCUCUACCCAUCGUCAGCACUGGCGCGCUGGCUCAGCGGCGCCCUCCGGGAGACCGAGCGGUGCAACCGCAAAGCGCGUGCCAUUAUGGACGAUUUCAUCCGCGAGCGCAUCGACGGUGCCGGCGAGAGCAUGGAGGACCUUCUCGGGGUGCUGUUGAGGGUGCAGAAGGACGGCGGGACGCAGUGCCCUCUGGACCUUACCACCGACAUCAUCACCACUGUGGUCCAGGAAAUGUUCGUAGCCGGGAGCGAGACCUCGUCGACGACGCUGGAAUGGGCCAUGUCGGAGCUGGUGAGGAACCCGCGCGUCCUCCACAAGGCCCAGACAGAGGUACGAGAGGCACUCCAUGGACGGAGCAAGCUAGUGGAGGGUGACCUCGCUGGUGGGCGGCUGAGCUACCUCAACUUGGUGAUGAGGGAGACGUUGCGGUUGCACGCACCGUUGCCGUUCCUGCUGCCACGGCAGUGCCGAGAGCCAUGCGAGGUGAUGGGCUACCACAUCCCCGAGGGCACAAAGGUUCUGGUGAACGCCUGGGCCCUGGGCAGGGACGGCGCCUACUGGGAGGACGCUGAGGCAUUCAAGCCGGAGAGGUUCGAGGAGAGUAGCGCCGCCGCCAUGGACUUCAAGGGCGGCCACUUCGAGUACCUUCCCUUCGGGUCAGGCAGGAGGAUGUGCCCAGGCGUGGUGCUCGGCCUCGCCAACAUGGAGCUGCUGAUCGCCAGCCUUCUCUACCACUUCGACUGGGAGCUCCCCGGCGGCGGGAGACCGGAGGAGCUCGACAUGUCUGAGGCGUUUGGCAUCGCCGUCAGCAGGAAGUCCAAGCUCGUGCUGCACUCCACGCAGCGUAUCCCAUUCACGAAUUAAUCGAUUUAGCUCACUUCUAGAAGAAAAAAAUCAAGUUAGCUCGGGUGGCACGCGCACGCUCUGCGGAUCGUGUGUGUGUGUGUGUGUGUGUGUGUGUGUGUGUGUGAUAAUGCAUAUAUCAGCAGCGUAAACUAGGCCUCCAUUAUUUCUACAAGCGUGUGUAUCAGGAGAGAUAGCUUGGAGUAACCAGUUGCCCUGCAUGGCGGUGAUAGCAAGAACCCACAAUUGAAAAACAGAGGAAUAAACAUGCGUUAGUGACUGAAAAUAAUAGAAUGUAGAAUAAGAACAAAAAUAAAUACAAUAGGUAUCAGAUUGUAGAAUCAAUUCCAAAUUCUUAUGUUUGUAAGAGGAACCUGUUGCUAGCUUCAAAAAAAAACGAGGAACCUAUCGCUAGCUUCAAAAAAAAAGAGGAACCUGUUGCUAUCUUCAAAAAAAGAGGGCUGUGACAAAUUAGAAAUCUGACCCUUGAAGAACCACAUCAAACUUUAGCAGCCUUUGUGACCCCUUUUUCUUGCGAAUACGCAAAGCUUGUCUAUCAUUUCAUUGAUAGGAGAAAUUUGUGACCCCUUUGACAUGCUAUUUUUCAGCUGCUUCCC